CCAAGCAGGUGGGUGAAUAAAUUACUGCUAAACAAAUUCUCACCUGACUUUCCUCGGCCAUUUCUUUGACUGGUAGAUUUUCAACUCAUCCCUCUACUCAAAUGAGCAAUUCUAACCAUUGUUCUCUUCUCUAUGGGCCAUGGAAACCGCCGAUGAAGCAACUCCUUUGGAAGCCGAAAUCAACGGCCCCGAUCAUCUGACUGAUUCCGUUGACGGUUCGGAUCCGCCGACUGCUUCCGAACUCUGUAAUCAUGAUCAUCUUCUCGCUGAGUUGGAGUCUCUCCGCCAGGCCUACCAGAGCCUCCAAUCGAAUUCCUCUGCGUUGGAGGAUAAGUUGUUCCUCCUCCAGCGUGAAAAAGAGGAGGCAACGAGAAUGAUGGAUGAGUUAUCGCGAGAUAGAGACUCUCUCCGUGAAAAUAUUGUUCGAUUAGAGACGUCGAUAAAGGAAAGAGAAGACGAGUAUAAGAGAAAGAUUGACGAGGAAUUGAAAGAGAAAGAGGAGUAUGAGAGAAAGUUUGACGAGGAAUUGAAAGAGAAAGAAGAGAUUAAGUGUGAAUUAGACGUAUCUAGGGAGAGACUCGAAGUUCUAGAAUCUGAAAAGAAAGAAAGAGAUGAGUUUUUGUUAAAGAGCUUGGAUUCGAUUAAGUCAGUUAAGGAAUGUUUAGUGAAGAUAAUUGACUGUUUGGAUGACGAGAAAGUGAUUGAGCGAGAAGACAUUGAGAUGGAAGAAUCGAAAUUAGACCAAGAGUCGAGGGCAUUAGAGGAAGAAAUAACAGCAAUUACAGUGCUAGCAAGCAAAGCUGAAUCAAAAGUUAGUGAAUAUAAAGAAUCAAAGAAAAAGGAAAAGAAGGAAUUGGAAAACAGUGUAGUGAGUUUGACAGAAGAGAAUCGCGACAUAAACAGUUUGUUAAGGAUAGCAUUGGUGGAGAAAGAAGCAGUAGAGAAGAGUUUGAAUAGACUGAAAGGUAACACUGAUCAGAAGAGAGUGGCAUUAUUGCAAAUUGCGGAACGUGGGUUGCAAAGAGUAGGGUUUGGUUUCAUGAUGGGCAGUGGAAAUAAUGAACAGUCACAGGAGAGUUUGGGGACUAAUGUUGUCCCACCGAGUAAUAAAUCUGAUAGCAGUGAGUGUGAAGAGGAAGUUGUUAGUCUGGCAUCAACUGUAGAGAGGAUAAUGAAGAAUUUACGGCUUGAAAUCACUCAAUUGAGGAGAUCAUUGGAUGAAUCUAGGUCAGAUACCGAGCGACUACAGAGUCUUACAGAGAAACAAGCUAAAACUAUUGAAGAAAAUGUAUUGUACAUCAAAGAGUUGGAAGAUAGAGAGAGGGUGUUGGCUCAAAAUAUUGAGGAACUGCUAUUUGAUAUAAAAGCGAUGGAAGAAGAAGUUGUUAGAUGGCGGGAAGCUUGUGAGUUAGAGGUGGAAGCUGGUAAAACUGAGAUUGAAGAGCGCGACAAAGUGGUUCUGAUUCUGAAGCAAGAGUUGGAGAAAACAAAGAAUGCUUUAGAAAUAUCAAAUAGUAAGUUAAAGCUGAAGGAAGAAGUUGCUAGUGCUGCAAUGACUGCCCAAGCAGCAGCAGAGAGGUCUCUGCAGCUGGCUGACAGCAGGGCUGCAGAACUUCGUGAGCGUAUUGAGGAACUAACAAGACAAUUAGAAGAAGCAGAGAGCAAAGAAAGGAGUCGCCGAAAGGUGAGACACAUAUGUUGGCCAUGGCGAGUCCUUAGAUCGAACGCAACCAAUAACACCAACAGCGUAAAACGGAUGCUACCAGAAAUGCAAGCCUUGCUUUCUGGUGUAUGAAUCAUCGUCACAUAGCAUUGUUUUGUUUAGGGCUGCAUUAUCUAUUUGAAUCAGCUCGUGUUAUUUCAUUUUACACAUUUUGUCUAUAAAAUCAAGGUUAAAGCUUUA